AUGACUCAAUCAGACGCACCGGGGCGCCGUUUCUCGACGGGCGCAUCAGACGCACCAGGGCGCCGCUUCUCCAUAGGCGCAUCGACGCAUCGACAGAGGCAGAUGAGCCAAAUCCUCGACACCGAGGGCCAUUUCAAAGCAAACCGGACAACACUCUACGUUGGCAUAUCUGCUAUCUUCGCUGAUGACCACACCGCCGCCGUUGCUCUCGCAAUUCAUGACACUGUCUAUCUCAUCGACUUCUCUGUCAAGCAUAUCACACUCGACGACUCGCUCAACACUGGCCACGAUCUCAUCGCCGACUAUGUAAUUUCUGCGUUGGAGGACUACGAGCAUGAAAACUUCGCAAAGUUCAUAGGCGCUGGCCUCCCCGCCAACGUCAAGUACAUGAGCCCUUCUCUCUGCUCGCGCCUCUGGCUAGAGAUCGACAUUGUUCCCAUAGUGCUACGGCCGGAUGAAGAGAACAAGGGGAAGAGCUUCUGGGACAUCAAGAGGGUGGAUGAACAAGCUGACAGUAUGGCCAGGAAAUGCAUCAUGAAUUUUGGACCUUCUCUAGUUCCACUUCUGCAAGUCGGCUUCCGUGGCGUCGUCAAGACUGAUGCUGCGUUCCGUGCGCACCUCACCACAGUCCAGAACCACAGAGACACUUGUACACCGCCCACUUGGGCUUCCACGGUCAAAUAUGCGGACCAGCUUCGCCUCAAAAAGAUCAAGAUUGCCUUCUUCAGCAGCACGCCGCAAGGAGGUGGUGUAGCCCUGAUGCGGCAUGCACUAGUCCGCUUCGCUCGCCUGAUGGGAGUUGAUCUGACCUGGUAUGUACCCAAGCCUCGGCCGGGCAUCUUCCGCAUCACCAAGAACAUGCACAACAUUCUUCAGGGUGUUAGCCACCCCGACCAGCGUAUCUCGGACGAGGAGAAAGCCAGUAUCAUAGACUGGAUCACGGACAAUGCGGAACGCUACUGGUUCUCGAACGGCGGCCCCCUCUGCAAGCCGGAGGAGGGCGGAGCCGAUGUCAUCAUGAUUGAUGACCCACAGAUGCCUGGGCUGAUUCCCCUGAUCAAGAAACGAACCCCAGACCGCCCUGUCUUGUACAGAUCCCACAUCCAGAUACGAUCUGAUCUGGUCGCCAAGGAGGGCAGUCCGCAGGCAGACACUUGGGACUUUCUGUGGAAUAAUAUCAAGCAUGCCGACAUGUUCAUCAGUCAUCCGAUCCCAUCAUUUGUUCCCCACAAUGUCCCGAGGGAAAAAGUCACGUACCUACCGGCCACUACCGACUGGCUCGAUGGCCUUAACAAGCCGCUCAACAAGUGGGACUCGGGUUACUACGGUCACAUCUACAACAACGCCUGUCAUGCACAGCGCAUGACAGAGCUCCACUAUCCUGCUCGAAAGUACAUCGCCCAAGUGGCGCGAUUUGACCCUGCCAAGGGCAUCCCUACUGUUAUCGAUUCAUACGCUGAAUUUCGUCGCCUUCUGGACCAACGCGGAAUCACCGACACCCCACAGCUCGUCGUCUGUGGUAAUGGAUCCGUAGAUGAUCCCGACGGUAGUAUUAUCUACGACCAAACGAUGAUUCAGAUCGAGCGAACGUAUCCACACCUGGUCGGAGACAUCAGUGUUAUGCGCCUGGACCCGAACGACCAGUUGCUGAACACCAUCAUCGCCAAUGCACACGUCAUCCUUCAGCUAUCAACGCGCGAAGGCUUCGAGGUCAAGGUCUCCGAGGCAUUGCAUGCGGGCCGUCCCGUGAUCGUUACCAAUACCGGUGGUAUCCCGCUGCAGGUGAAGCCAGACGUCAACGGGUUCCUAGUUGAGCCGGGAGACUGGGCGACCGUGGCGAAGCAUCUGGUCGACCUGUUCACAGACGACGAGCUGCACAAGAAGAUGAGCUACGAAGCACGGACCGGCGUGUCGGACGAGGUUGGCACGGUCGGGAACGCGCUGUCGUGGUUUUACCUGGCGGCCAAGUGGGCCGAGGUCGGCGUCAGGAAGGGCGGUAGGAAGGGCGGUGGGAAGGGGGGUCUAGAUGGAAACGAGAAAUGGGUAAAUGAUAUGGCUCGGGAGGAGGCCGGGUAUCCCUACAAGCAGGACGAGAAUCGUUUGCCUCGGGAGUUUACGGCGAAGAAGGAGUAA